UUGCAGUUGUCAUUCAUAGGAAAGUUCAAGGUCAUGGUCCAUUUCCAAUGGAAUCGCAAGGUUAAAGAUGCCAUUCAUGAGUGGUUUUAGAUUAGAAAUCGGUUCUCUCUUGGGUUACUGACUUACUGCAACCCUUGCAUAAAUCACUCAACGUUUCAGGGAACAUCAGCCACAUUAGCCCGGCCCAAAUCAGAAUUGUUCUUAAGCCCACAUAAAAGCCCACUUAACUUGGGCAUGGGAACGUACAAAUUGGCCCAACCCAAUUAACAUCGUUCAAUUGGAUCACAAACUUAGCAUGGGUCGGGUGUAUUCUCGGGCUGCUCUAGACCGAACCAGAUUUAACGUGCGCUGGAGUGGCGCAAAUCAGUAUCUGUAACCGUUAAUGUUUUUCAACUUUUCAGAGCAGGUAAGGCGAUUCUUAAACCCUAGCUCUCUGCUAAUUCUCUGAUUCUGUGCAGUUUGGUUUGUAACAAUGGCAGAUAUCGUCUUCAGAAGUUUGUUUCCUUCGAUACAAAAGCAUUUUAUUUCAACAUCUGCAGCAUUCUAUUCUUCUUCCGCCUCUGUUUCACGGCCUUUCGCCGUCGAGUACCUAAUGAAUUCGUGCGGGCUUCCUUUAAAAUCGGCCAUCGCAGCCUCCAAUAAGAUUCUUCUAGAUGAAAAAAACCUCAAGAAGGCCGAUUCUGUGCUUGAUUUGUUGAAAUCUCGUGGUUUCAGCAGUACACAGAUAGCCAAAUUGAUCGGAAAGCGCCCAGCGUUACUUCACUGCAAGGUAGAAGGUAACCUCAAGCCUAAAAUUAACUUUCUCGUCGAAAAUGGCUUCAAGGGUACGUUGUUGCCGCAGCUGAUUGUUAGGAAUCCGAGAAUUUUGCUUAGAGCACUGGAUUCUCAUAUUAAACCAUCUGUCGAAUUUCUGAAGGGAUUUAUUGAUAAUGAGGUGAAAUUUAUUGCUGCUAUUGGGCGUGCAUCAUGGUUGAUAAAUUUUGAUUGGAAGGGAACAGGGAAGCCCAAUAUAGAAUAUUUGAUCAGUGUGGGAAUGCCCAUUAGUAAUAUAAGUAAAUUUAUUGUGUUGCAGCCAAGAUCUUUGCUGCAAAAGCCUGAUAGGAUGAUUUAUGCUGUGGAAUGUGUCAAAAAAAUGGGCAUUGAACCAUGCACUCCCAUGUUUGUUCAUUCUCUUAGGGCGAUGUUAUCUAUGAGUGAAACAACUUGGAAAAAGAAAUUUGAGGUAUUGAAGAGUCUUGGUUGGAGUGAAAACCAGAUUGUUUUUGCUUUCAAGCGAAACCCAUUCUGUUUGGCUUGUUCAGAGGAGAAACUCAGACGUAAUACCGAUUUUUAUUUGAAUACUAUGAAGUUGGACUUGGACACAAUAAUUUCAUACCCUAACCUUCUUGUGUUUGGUAUUGAUCAAAGACUUCGGCCUAGAUAUAAUGUUAUCAAAGUUCUGCAGUCGAAUAAUCUGCUUGAGGGGAAAAAAAAGAUUGUAUGGCUGUUUACACUGAGCGAGAAGGAUUUCAGGGACAACUAUGUACUCAAGCACGUGGACGAAGUCCCAGAAUUACUGCAGAUAUAUGAUGUUACAGGCAAGAAGAAAAGGAAGGUCAUGUGAUACGAUGGUGAAGAUUGAAAGGAUGAGGUGAAUGCACUUCCCAUUUUGUGGAGGCUAUGUUAUCAUGUACUUGAUGGCUUACUUGGAUGCUGGGCUCUGUUCAGAAAUGCACAGAAUGGUAUGGACUCAGUCCAGGUUUAAUUUUCUCAGUUCAUGAUAAAAAACGGAAAACAAGGGAAUGCAGAGUUAUGUGCGAGGUAAUUGUUUUGAGUUAAUAGCACCGGUAAUGAUGCUCUUUUAAAUGGUUCUUUGUCAGAGGCUCAUCAGCUUUGUGAAUUUGCGCUACUCAUUAAGUGGGGCUCCUAUGUAUCAGUAAUUGAGCCCUCUGGCUCACUAACUGCAACGACGCGCUUGGCGUAAAUGUCAAGAAACUAUUUAUUGGAUAUUUAUGAUAUAAUCAAUCCCAUUGUACUAUUAUAAUAAAGUAGAAUCUUCGUGCAACAGGUUUGAUUGGACUGUAAAUUGGUUGAAUCUAGCUAAGAUUAGGAAAAGAAGAAGAGAGAAUUAGGAUUUUUGGAAUGAAAUUUGCAGCAGAUUUCCUUAUGAUAUUUGCUUCUGGUGCCAAGUAUAAGCAUUUGGAAGACUAGUUGAGUUUUCUAUGCUUUUCUAUAUUUAUAUUUUGUAGAAGCUCAUGCUGACUGUCUGUAAUGGAACUGGAAGUUGAUGUGCAUUCAUACUGGUUUUAUGGAUUUGAUUUUGAAUUUUGGUUUG